GGCUCUGCUCUGCUGAUACUUUCUGACUUGCUCUUCGCAUAGAUAGCUUUAUUAAUCCCAGAGCCAGUCCUGCAUUGCUCCCCCCUCUCUGUGCCUGGGAUCUGGGACAUGCUGCACAAUGAAUGGGAAAAACAGCAGCCGCAGCUUUAGCUGGCUAAGAGGGAGGAUGGGGGCACUGCCAUGGCACUCAGCACAACCAGCAGGAGGGAUCUGCCUCAAAUCCCCAGGGCACCAUCUUGGCUGAACGAUUGCAGCCAAGGGAGAGGAGGGGAAGACAGUGGGGGAAGCUGCCAGCAGCGACCACAGCAACAGCAGCAAUAUCUGCCACUAGGGACCAGCUGAGAAGGAGGAGGUGGAGGUGUGGGCGACUGCUUGCACAGCAGCGACAUGAUCAUGAGCCAUCCUAAUAGUAACAUCAAGGACUGUGACAUCCAGCUGGAUGAAGAGGACCUCCAUGCCCACCCUCACCAUCACCCAGAGGAAGACGAGGAGUCCCAUCACCACUGUGACAUGGGCACAUUGGACCAUGACCGCAACCACAGGGUCAUCAUCAACAUUGCUGGCCUGAGGUUUGAGACACAGCUGUCUACUCUCAACCAGUUCCCAGAUACUUUGCUAGGAGACCCGGAAAAAAGAAUGAGGUUUUUUGACCCCCUGCGGAAUGAAUAUUUUUUUGAUCGUAACAGACCUAGUUUUGAUGGCAUCCUUUACUUCUACCAGUCUGGUGGUAAGAUCAGACGGCCAGUAAAUGUCUCCAUCGACGUCUUUGCGGAUGAGAUCCGUUUCUAUGAGUUGGGGGAGGAGGCCAUGGAGAGGUUUAGGGAAGAUGAGGGGUUCCUGAAGGAGGAUGAAAAACCUCUUCCCAAGAAUGAGUUUCAACGCCAGGUUUGGCUGAUCUUUGAGUAUCCAGAGAGCUCUAGCUCUGCCCGAGGUAUUGCCAUAGUCUCUGUGCUUGUUAUCCUCAUCUCUAUAAUCACCUUCUGUCUGGAGACCCUGCCAGAAUUCAGGGAUGAAAAUGAGUUGCCUCCACCGCUGUCCAGGGUGCUGAAUGAUACCCAGCCCCCUCCUCCUCCUCUUAGCGGCCUCACAGACCCCUUCUUUAUAAUUGAGACUACCUGUGUCAUCUGGUUCACAUUUGAACUCCUGGUCAGGUUCUUCGCCUGCCCCAGCAAGUCUCAUUUCUCUAAAAACAUAAUGAACAUCAUUGACAUUGUGGCUAUAAUCCCUUAUUUUAUCACUCUAGGGACAGAAUUGGCAGAACAGCAGACCAAUAAUGGGCAACAGGCCAUGUCUCUGGCCAUCCUGAGGGUAAUCCGACUGGUGCGGGUCUUCAGGAUUUUUAAACUGUCCAGGCACUCUAAGGGUCUCCAGAUACUUGGACAGACUCUGAAAGCCAGUAUGAGGGAGCUCGGCCUCUUAAUCUUCUUCCUUUUUAUUGGUGUCAUCCUCUUUUCCAGUGCAGUGUACUUUGCAGAAGCCGAUGACCCAGAUUCCCAUUUUUCAAGCAUCCCUGAUGCCUUUUGGUGGGCUGUGGUCACUAUGACAACUGUAGGCUAUGGGGACAUGAGGCCAGUAACCGUUGGAGGUAAAAUCGUAGGGUCUUUGUGUGCCAUAGCCGGAGUGCUGACUAUUGCAUUGCCAGUACCUGUCAUUGUGUCCAACUUUAAUUAUUUCUACCAUCGAGAAACCGACCAUGAUGAACAGGUGAUCCUGAAAGGAGAGCCAGACAGUGGACAGGGGAGCUGUGUGGAGGACCUUAAAGGAAGUCCCAGCAAAUCCUCUCUCACCAAGUCUGGGGUACACUUAGAGAACCUAGAAGGCAUGAACAAUGGAGGUGGCACCUUAGAAAAAUCCAACAUUAAAGCAAAGAGCAACAUGGAUCUUAAGAAGUCUCUGUAUGCUCUGUGUUUGGACACCAGCAGGGAAACAGAUCUGUAGGAGCUAACAACAUAAAUCAGAUAAGAACUAUCAAAGGAACCCCGACCGUUCAGCCUCUGAGCAGUGCUUUCUGCCUGAGAUCAUCUCGUUACUAAUCCUUACAGUAUUUCAAGUCAUGCGUAUAUAUUUUAUAACUAGUAACUGUGACGUGUCUUGGAGUGAAACUUUACCCCACUCCUCCAUUUGAAAUAAAAGAUAAUAUAUUUUUUAAAGUUCAGCAUAAAUGUAGCUAAGAACAGGGACCAAAAUAUACCCGAUUUAAUGUUUGUACAAUGAGCUU